AUGGCCUCCAACAGCAGCUCUUUCUUCGGAGGGGGUGGUCUUGGGGCCUCGACAACACAGUCGAACAGUCUUUUCUCCGGAAAUAAGUCCACCGCAAGCCAGUUUUCAGGUCUAGGUGCUACAUCCACCCAGGCCACACAACCCCAGUCCUUGUUCGGAGGCCAAUCCCAGACCCAGCAACAACCCGCUCAGUCUUCGUUCAUGGGGCAGACCCAGCAGCCCGCUCAGUCCUCGCUCCUGGGACAAACUCAACAACCCAGUACUGCGCAGACUCCAGGGCAGCCUCCAAUUGCGUCAACACAGCCUGCCUUCUUCAACAGUCUGCUGGAGCGCGGCAAGAAGCGACCAUUGUCAUCGGUUGGCCAAAACAGUAACUUCGAAGACGUGCCCAGUCUCCAGUUGGGCUUAGAUGACAUCCGGAGAAAAGCCCGCGAGUUGGGCUCAGCGGGACAAAAGGAUGCUCCAAAUGGCGCUAAUAGUAAGGCUCAUUAUCUACUUGCAGCUUCCGGGAUCUCCCCUGGCCGAGCAUUGCGCGACCUCAAAUCCCUCGAUCCCCAGGCAUCUUUAGCGACCCCAGCGAAAGAACAGGACAACUUUGACCCCGACAACCAAAGAUUCUUGCGGAAUAUCCAGCAGCGCGGUCGUCAAGUCAUGAUCACUGAAAGUCUUGCCAGGGCUCAUAGGGACUUCGAUGCCUAUUUGGAGGAGAAACUCGACAUGGACUGGGAGGAGCAGCGUCAUAAAAUCUUCCGUCAUUUCGGACUCGCCCAGAACGAUGACUCCGGGGAAUUCAAAUCCACCACAAGGGGCGCUUUCGGUCGGUCAGCAAGACAGUCUAAACAACCUGGUGGCCCAGCCAAUGGACCCUCGGCCGCAUCUCGCCGAAGCGUCUUCGGGCGUUCCGGCCUUGAAAAGUCAGUCAUUGGGACACCGGGGACCGGACUGGCAAGUCGUCAAAUCUUUGAAGACCAGAAUGAGCGAAGUGACGGAAGUUUAUCCGAGUCACCCGAUCUCAGAUUCCAUCGCGAGAAGAUGGGACAAUAUGCCGAGAAAGUUCAGCAACUCAACCUUGCGAGACUACAAGGGAAAUGUUAUCCAAUUCUUGAUGAGUUUGCGACAGUUGAGAUGCACACCGGUGGUGAUAUUCCUCCACAACUCUUCGCUGCAUACCAAGCCUUGAUAGGAAUCGUCCACGAGAAGCCAAACAUCGUCAGCCCAUCGGAGCCUGGCGCGGUGAAAGAACGACAGUAUGCUGAAGACUAUCUUGAUGAAUCACCCAAGUCCCGCAAAGCUAUCAAUCUGAAGAAGCAAAUCCUUGAAGGUUCAAGGACCUUCCUUGAGAAAACUUUCUUUGAGGAAGUGGAGAUUGCCAUCGCCAAAAAUCCCCGGGAGGCACAGCUGGGCGGAAUUCCGACUGUGAUCAACAAAAUCCGUGCUUUCAUUCGACUCCGAGCUGCGAGAAAGGAUCUCGCACCAGAUGGAACCGAAUUGCAGAUGGUGAAUCAAGACUACUGCUGGAUUCUCAUUUUUUACCUACUUCGGUGCGGAUUUGUCACCGAGGCGGCUGAAUACGUGAGCCAGGACAGCGGGUUCCGCUCUUUGGAUCACAAAUUCGUGACCUACAUGACAACCUACGCGCAGAACAGACGCCUUCCCCGGGAACUGCAGUCAAAAAUCAAUGGCGAGUUCCAGCAACGCUCACGGAAUGCACCUGAAAACACUGUUGACCCUUACCGAAUGGCAUGCUACAAGAUUAUUGGCCGUUGUGAUAUCUCGCGUCGUCGUCUGGAAGGUGUGAAUCAGAGUGUAGAGGACUGGAUGUGGCUACAGUUCAGCCUUGCGAGAGAGGAUGACCGUGCCGAAGAGGUUGCAAGCGACGUUUUUGGUCUGGAAGACAUCCAGACUGACAUUCAGGAAAUCGGUCAACGAGUCUUCACGAAGGGCCAAGAAGGACCUGGUGGCUAUGGAACUUACUUCCUCCUCCAGAUCUUGGGAGGAAUGUUUGAACAGGCUGUACAUUAUCUCGGCACUUAUGCACCGGUCACGGCUGUCCAUUUCGCUAUUGCCCUGUCUUACUACGGUCUUUUGCGGGUAUCCGACUUUUACACCUCUGGCGAAGAAAUCUUAUCCUUUACAGUGAAACAAUACCCUCAGAUCAAUUUUGGAUAUCUCUUGACUCAAUACACGCGAGAGUUCCGCACUGGAUUUGUUGAAGCUGCCAUCGAUUACUUCACUCUGAUCUGUUUCAACGCAGAUCUCCCAGGUACUUUGGGCAAGUCGCAGGCAUCAGUAUGCCAUGAGGCCUUACGGGAGUUCAUCCUGGAAACCAGAGACUUUGCCAAAUUGCUCGGUGAUAUUCGUGCUGACGGGACCCGACUGAAGGGAGCAAUCGAGCAACGUCUCGAUCUGAUCAGGCUUGAUGAUCAACAAGAGUUUUUGAAGACCAUCACAGUUCAAGCUGCUGCCGUCGCAGAUGAUAAGGGAUUGAUCACUGACGCCGUUCUUCUGUACCACCUGGCUGAGAAUUAUGACCGCGUCAUUGACAUCAUCAACCGUGCGUUGUCAGAUGCCAUCGCGGUUGAUUUGGGUACUGUCGUGCCGAAAUUGCAACCCUUGCGCCCCCGAGUCGACCAAAGCGAGCCAGAUGUAGUCGACGCAGGAAGCAGCCUCAGCUUGACUGCUGUGGAUGAUCCCGCUGUGCUUGCCAAGAACAUGAUCAGCUUGUACAACUCCAACAAUAUGUACUUUGGAAAGAUUCGACAGGUCAACCGCGAUGCUUGUGGGUUGCUGCUACUCAUGAUUGAGGCAAAGACUCAGGUUGAAGCUGGCAGAUGGGCUCCAGCACUUGACGCUAUCAAUAUCUUGAAUGUUCUCCCCUUGCAGGCACGAGGUGCGGUGCCUAUGGUUCGAGCCGCUGCUCAAUCCUUCGCAUCUUUGCCUCCGAUCAUCUCACGCAACAUCGGGCAUGUCAUCAUGUGGAGUAUCACCUGCAUUGGCCAUGAACGCCAGAAGCAAACCUCCGGGGCCUACGAGAAUGAAGUGCGCCAGGGAUUGGCGGACACUUUGCUUGUUAUGGCCAAGGAUCUCAUGGUCUUCUCGGGCAUGGUCAAGUACAAGCUGCCGCCACGAGUCUAUGAGACCCUGGCUCGUGCUGGAGCGGAGAUCGGAGCAUACUGA